AUCAAGCACCUUAGGCAUACAGACUGCUUCUACAAACAUUUGUGAAAGAAUGGGUCGCUCUCAGGAGCUCAGUGAAUUCAAGCGUGGUACCGUGAUAGGUUGCCACCUGUGCAAUAAGUUAAUCCAUGAAAUUUCCUUGCUACUAAAUAUUCUAUGGUCAACUGUUAGUGGGUAUUAUAACAAAGUGGAGCAUUGGGAACGACAGCAACUCAGCCACAAAGUGGUAGGCCACAUAAAAUGACAGAGUGGGGUCAGCACAUGCUGAAGCGCACAGUGCGCAGAAGUCGCCAACUGUCUGCAGAGUCAAUAGCUAAAGACCUCCAAACUUCAUGUGGCCUUCAGGUUAGCACAAUAACAACAGUGCGUGAAGAGCUUCAUAAAAUGGGUUUCCAUGGCCGAGCAGCUGCAUCCAAGCCUUACAUCACCAAGUGCAAUGCAAAGCGUCGGAUGCAGUGGUGUAAAGCACACCACCACUGGACUCUAGAGCAG